AUGCAUUUACUCAAAAAUCAUCAUUCAUCCAUUCAACCUGACAUGGAUGGUAAACGCACAUGUGACAAGCCUGUAUUGCUGGUUCCAAAUUCAAUUGCAAGUACCAACCAUACUACUACUACUACUACUACUACAACUACUACUAACAGUACCACUACUACUACUACUACCAAUAGUAAUAAUAACAAUACACAUGCUACCGCCAUCACCAGUACUACCCACACAACAAACACUAUCAUUCCUCUCAGUAUUCCUAUCUCUGAUCACCAUCGAGUUGAUUGUCAAUAUGUGAAUUCAUCAUGUUCUUCACUCGAUUCUGUAUUCUUCAGAUCUCAUCCACUCUCCACUCAACCUCCAGUCAAUGUCAGUUUCAUGGUGGUCAACUUGAUUGAUCACAAACUCAAUCAAAGUGAUCUUGAUCCUACUCGUAAUCAUGAUGAUGAUGAGGGUGCUGUUGUUGUUGUUACUGAUGUAAAUAAUGAUGCUACAAUCUGUAAAAUGAUGAAGUCACAAGAAUAUCAUGUACACAAUGAAGGUGAUCAGAAGACUGAUCUUGAUCAGAAUGAAUCACAAGUCGAUGGUGAUGAUUAUGAAGAAGAAGAGGAGGAGGAGGAAAUUCCACUGGAAUUACAUUCAACAAAAUCCAUAAUCAAUCAAUCACUUGAUCAAACAUUAUCCAGUUCAAAUGUAUCAUAUUCAUUUCAUAGUUUAGAUAGUCCAUUAGAUUAUACCUUGUGUAAAUAAACAAUCUUUAUUUUUAUCUUAAUUCAAUUGUAUACUGUUUUAGUCAUUAUUAUUACAGAUUUGUCGCAUCUGAUGAAAAUACACAUCUCCAC